CAGUGGGGCUGACCGAGGUCGGGAGGGGGGCGCCCUCCAGACCCCCGGCCCCCGGCUCCACCCACAUCGACCUGUGUGGAGCUCUCCCAGUGCACACGAUCUCUCCUUCCCUUAUCAACCCUUUUCAAGAAGAAACUGUUACCUUACCCUCUGCCCCACCCCAGUUGAAAUUUCCUUCCCCUUAGCUUCAGGUCUACACUUCAGUGGGCAAGAGAUCAGGCCAUUCUGACUUUGAUGCUGUCCCCUACCUCCUACCCCCACGAUACCCACCCCAUAACGCUAGUUUACAAGCCCCGUUAUGUAAACAGGUGCUUUGGACCCUAUGGCAGCAAAUACUCUUGCAGUGGUUUAGUUCUGCCCCAAUUCACACGUGGGGAAACAAGAGGCACUCUGGCCACAGAUCAGGUCGGCCCACACGUGUGUCUGCUCACCCUACAGGCCCUGGUGCUCAUGGCUGCCUCUCUUGGGGACACCUCCCAUAGGCGGCGGGAGAAGAGGCGGCAGCUGGACGCCCGCCGCAGCAAGUGCCGCAUCCGCCUGGGCGGCCACAUGGAGCAGUGGUGCCUCCUCAAGGAGCAGCUGGGCUUCUCACUGCACUCGCAGCUGGCCAAGUUCCUGUUAGACCGGUAUACUUCUUCAGGCUGCAGACUCUGUGCAGGUCCUGAGCCUGUGCCCCCCAAGGGUCUGCAGUAUCUAGUGCUCCUGUCUCAUGCUCACAGCCGAGAGUGCAGCCUGGUGCCUGGGCUGCGGGGACCUGGGGGUCAAAAUGGGGGGCUUGUGUGGGAGUGUUCGGCUGGCCACACCUUCUCCUGGGGCCCCUCUUCAGGCCCUACACCUCCAGAGGAGCCCAAUCCAGUCCCGCUUCCAAGUACUGACCAGAGAAACUGGUGUCCAGAGGCUAGGAGUGGACAGGAACCUGCAGGUUUGGAAUCUGAGCACAAUGACAGGACUCGGGAGGCCAACUUAGCCAGAGGAGUGGAACCCCCACUGGAGACCUUCCCACCCAUAGGAGAAGAGGAUGGGGAAGAGGAAGAUGAGGAUGAAGAGGAGAUGCUCAGUGAUGCCAGCCUAUGGACCUACAGCUCCUCCCCAGAUGACAGUGAGCCAGAUGCCCCCAUACUACCCCCUUCCCCUGUCACCCAUGCACUUAAGGAGGGGGAGAUACCCUCAGCCCCUGAAGCUGUCCCAACUCCUCUUGCUGUGCCAUCCUCAUCAGCAUCCUCAUUGAGUUCCGGAGCUCCUCUGCCUGUGGAAGUCAGGAUACAGCCGGAGCUCAGUGGGACCCCUCAAGCAGCCCAGCAGACUGAGCUCCUGGCCAGCCCUGGGAGUCAGGCUAAGUCUGCUCUGGCCUCGGCAUGGGAUGAGGACACUGCUCAGAUUGGCCCCAAGAGAAUUAGGAAAGCUGCCAAAAGAGAGCUGCUGCCCUGUGACUUCCCUGGCUGCGGACGGAUCUUCUCAAACCGACAGUAUUUGAAUCAUCACAAGAAGUACCAGCACAUCCAUCAGAAGUCCUUCUCCUGCCCAGAGCCAGCCUGUGGAAAGUCCUUCAACUUUAAGAAACACCUAAAGGAGCAUGUGAAACUGCACAGUGGUCUUGUCACAUCUUUCUGGGAUAACUCCCACACUCAUCCUGAAUUUCUCUGUGUGUUGAGACCCUGCCUGCUUGAAACUUCUCAGUGCUGGGAUACAGCAGGCAGUCAUCACCUUGUAAGAUGUCCUCUUAUAGGGCUACAAAGAGAUGUGAAAGCAGGAGAAGGGAGGAGAGUGUGACAGAAGAGUUGGUGUUGUAGAGGGGGAGGGUGCUUUUAACAGAGACCUCAGUAAAGGGAGGAAUGGAGGCUUAGCCACAUCCAUAGGCAGCAUGUUGGGGGGCCCUAAACUGGCAUCUGUAUGGCAUGUUCCAGGAAUGGAGAAGAGGCAAGGAAGUUAGGAAGGAAGAGAGGUCAGAUAGGUGGUAGGGGCCUCCAAGACCAUGAUCAGGAUGGCUUGGCUUUCAACCAAAUGUGAUACACACUAGUGUAGUGGAAGGGAGGGACACAACUGAUUUUAAAAGAAGCAUUGUGGCUGCUGUGUAGAGAAUGGGACUGCAGGAAUAUGAAGUGGGCAAUGAUGCCGACCUGGACAGUCCAGUUAGUGAGAAGUGGCUGGAGGCUGACACAAGGGUGAAGAUGGAGCCAUGGUUAACUAUGGGAAAGACAGAUGUCAACAGAUAGGACCAGCAGGUGGGAGUUGGGAUGGCUUGGAGGAUUCCAGCCUGAGCAGCUAGCUGGGCAGAAGGUGAUGUGAUUUCCUUAAAGUGAGGAGGAAACAGGCUUCAGGAAAGGUAGGUGACAUUUUGUUUGGGACACACUAAUUAGGUAUCCCAGAUAAUGUGAAUCUGGAGUCCAGGGAGAUGUUGGGGCGGGGGGGAAGCUAUUCAUCAUGAGUAUAUGAAUGGAGGUAUAGAUGGAGUGUUCCUAUAAGGAAGGAGUGAAUAUAGGUAGAGAAGAGCUCUGAGUAGGGCAGGUGGGAAGGGCAGCUACAAACAAAUCAGUGAGGUAGGUGAAAAGAUGGGUAUCUGAGGAGCCAAGUGAAAAAAGUGCUUCAGGGAGGAGGAAGGGUAAGCUAUGCCAAUGCCACAGAGCCAAGUAAGAUGAGGUUACAGAUGGUCCACCAGACAGGGUGGUGGGAAGCCAUCCUUAAGCACAUGACAAAAUGGUAUGUGACAAGGGAAAUGACAGCCAGAAUGGAGUGGGUUCAAAGCAGAGAGAAGCUUGCAGUGAAGACAGCAAGUGUGGACACCUCUUUGGAGUUUCUCUGUGAAGACAAGCUGGAGGGCUGUGAGCUUGGGUGCAGAGGUGGGAAUGACCACACAAGGAGGAAAGGCUUACUGAUGCAGGGUGGGUUGGGGAACCUCAAUCAGUGAGGAAGAGUAUGUCCAGGCACAAUUGGAAGGCAGCCACAGGGGAGCAGGAACUAUUCACAUGUGUGGGUACAAAGUAAGUCGGCUGGUAGAUUAGAUUGGGGCGCAGAUGUGGACAUUCUUUCCUGGCUUCUCUCUUCUUGGUGACUUAUAAAACGAGGUCAAUGCUGAGUGAGGCUGGUGGAAAGAGGAUGUUGUAUGGAAAAUGCCCUUCUGGACUCUAGAAAGUACAGUGAACUGACCAAGAAAAUGCAGAGACAUCAUGGCACGGGAGGGACUUGAGACUUGUGGUUGUGGAUGAAAAUAGAGCAUGGGUGGGGGUGUUUGUAGGUUAUGUUUCUGCUCCUCUUGGCAAAUGUGUGCAGGUCUGGAGUAGGCCAAGGGUUGUAUUUAUCCUGAGUUGGAUUUUAACCAAGCAAGUAUGGCAAAGGGAGAGACAGUGAGUUGUAGUGUGAGUGAAGGGACGCCUUCAUUGUGAAAGAUGCCCUGGAAAUGAAUUUGAUGAAGAGGGGGCAGUGGGGGUAGUGGAAAGGCAGUGGGCAAUCAUGGGAUUAGUGUGAGAGGACAAGGUAGGAGACCCUGGCUGGAACUGGGAUGCUUGAAACUGUGAUUUCAAGGUGGUGCAGUGAUGGGGCAUGACCUGGGAACGGUGGCUAAGAAGGAAGGGUGUGGGUCAGUGAAGGUCAGGAAAGAGGGGAGUGGAGUACUGACAGUAGUGGUAGUAGCUGAGGAGAGAGUCUGGAGCCAGAGUUGUGUGGAGUACAUGAGAGUGAUGGGGAUGAAGUUGUAGGUGUGUGUGUGUGGUCUGAUGGCAGGAUAUAGAGCAGUGGUGGGACAGAGGUCUAAAGGCUGCCAUGAAAAGCAAGGACACUUCCUCUGGUGAAGGCCUGAUACUUGGAGGUGUAGGAGAAAAACUACAGCAGGCCCAUGAGAACUGCUAGAGAUGGGAGACAGGCAGGUGCUGUUAGAGCUGGCAGGGAGUGGGAGCAAUUCAGGAGAAAAGGAGAGGGGGUUGGUUGGUGACACUCACAGGGCUACUGACUGUUCACAGGGCAGUUGGGGGUUUGGAGGAGUGUGAUAUGCAGGCUGAAUGGGUACAGUACUCCUUUGGGGGGUCAGUGAAUGUGGUGGGCCAAGGAAGGGCCACAACUUGGGGAUGGAUGCUGGGAUAACCCCCAUGU